UGCGGAUGGUUAGCGUUCGGGCAGUCACACGCACUUCUAAGAGAAGAUAAUUCUUUACGGAGUUGCCUUGCGGCAGGGAUUGAUUCCCAGAGCGGACUGCCUAAAGACCAAACGGGCACUUGGAUUCUAAAGAUUUUUUCGCGUAGAAAUGGAGGCUGAAGAGGAGCGCUUUCCUAGACUAAGGCAAGUUCUUCUCUUUGUUUUGCUGGCUCAUAGUUGCGCAGAGCAGGAAGAUUAUCGUAUUGCAGAAGAAACAGAGAGUGGUUCUUUUGUGGCCAAUCUAGCAAAAGACAUAGGGCUAGGGGUAAAAGAGCUCUCUUGGCGGAGGGCUCGGAUCAUUUUUAACGAUGACAAAAAACAUUUUCAGCUGAACCUUCAGACUGGAGAUUUGCAAAUAAAUGAGAAACUGGAUCGGGAGGAACUGUGUGGCUCCACUGAGCCCUGUGUACUGCAAUUCCAAGUGUUACUGGAAGAACCUUUGGAGGUAUAUAGGUAUAAGCUUUUGCUCAGUGACAUAAAUGACAAUUCCCCUGUGUUCCCAGAAUCAGAAAUGAUUUUGAAAAUCAUGGAAAAUACUCUUCCAGGGACUGUGUUUCCCCUGAAAAACGCACAAGAUUUGGAUGUAGGCAUCAAUAACAUUCAAAACUACACCAUUUAUCCCAACUCCCACUUCCACGUUCUUACGCGCAAUAGCGGUGAAGGCAGAAAAUAUCCGGAACUGGUUUUGGACAAAGCCCUAGAUCGAGAGGAGCAGACUGAACUUAGGUUAACUCUCCUGGCAGUAGAUGGUGGAGUUCCUCCCAAAACUGGGACUGCCUUGGUCCUCAUUGAUGUCCUGGACAUCAAUGACAAUGCCCCUGAGUUUGUGCAGCCACUCUAUCGUGCCCAGAUCCCGGAAAACAGUCCCCUGGGAUCUCUUAUUGUAACUGUUUCAGCUAGAGAUUUAGACACAGGAACAAAUGGCAAAGUAUUUUAUUCAUUUUUUUAUGGCGAUGAAGAGAUUAGUAGGACAUUUGCACUUAAUGAACUCACAGGAGAAAUUAAAAUAAUUAGGGAACUAGAUUUUGAAAAAAUUAUGUCAUAUGAGCUGGAUAUUAAGGCCUCUGAUGGAGCAGGUCUUUCUGGCAAAUGCACUGUCAUAAUAGAGGUGGUGGAUAUAAAUGACAACACCCCAGAACUGACUAUGGCUUCACUUACAAGCUCGAUCCCAGAAAAUUCCCCUGAGACCACCAUAGCUCUUUUCAGUAUUCAAGACCGAGACUCCGGGGAAAAUGGGAGGAUGGUUUGCUCCAUCCAGGAAGAUGUUCCGUUCACUCUAAAACCUUCCCUUGAGAAUUUCUACAAGCUAGUAACAGAAGGAGCGCUGGACAGAGAGAGCCAGGCGGAGUACAACAUCACCAUCACCGUCAGUGACCUGGGGACCCCCAGGCUGAAAACCCAGCACAACAUCACCGUGACGGUCUCCGACGUCAACGACAACGCCCCCGCCUUCAGCCAGACCACCUACACCCUGCGCGUCCGCGAGAACAACAGCCCCGCCCUGCACAUCGGCACCGUGAGCGCCACCGACAGAGACGCGGGCGCCAACGCCCAGGUCACCUACUCGCUGCUGCCGCCCCGGGACCCGCACCUGCCGCUCGCCUCGCUGGUGUCCAUCAACGCGGACAACGGGCAGCUGUUCGCGCUCAGGUCCCUGGACUACGAGGCGCUGCAGGCCUUCGAGGUCCGCGUGGGCGCGGCCGACCGCGGCUCGCCCGCGCUGAGCAGCCAGGCGCUGGUGCGCGUGCUGGUGCUGGACGACAACGACAACGCGCCCUUCGUGCUGUACCCGCUGCAGAACGGCUCUGCGCCCUGCACCGAGCUGGUGCCGCGGGCGGCCGAGGCGGGCUACCUGGUGACCAAGGUGGUGGCGGUGGACGGCGACUCGGGCCAGAACGCCUGGCUGUCGUUCCAGCUGCUCAAGGCCACGGAGCCCGGGCUGUUCGGCGUGUGGGCGCACAACGGCGAGGUGCGCACGGCCCGGCUGCUGAGCGAGCGCGACGCCGUCAGGCACAGGCUGCUGGUGCUGGUCAAGGACAAUGGCGAGCCGCCGCUGUCGGCCAGCGUCACGCUGCACGUGCUGCUGGUGGACGGCUUCUCGCAGCCCUACCUGCCGCUGCCGGACGUGGCGGCGGCCGAGGCCCGGGCCGACCCGCUCACCGUCUACCUGGUCAUCGCCUUGGCGUCCGUGUCGUCGCUCUUCCUGUGCUCGGCGCUGGCGUUCGUGGCGGUGCGGCUGUGCAGGAGGAGCGGGGCGGCGUCGGGGGGUGGCUGCGCGGUGCCCGAGGGCCACUUUCCGGGCCACCUGGUGGACGUCAGCGGCGCGGGGACCCUGUCCCAGAGCUACCAGUACGAGUGUAUCAGAGAAGAAUCUGGGACCAGGGAAUUUAAGUUCUUGACGUCUGUUGUCUUCAUCUAACAGAGACAGUCAUCAAAGGUGGUAUUGCUAAUCCAUGCUGAGCAAAUCUCUUGUUUAAAAAAAAUGGCUUUACUCAGUGUCCAUCGAAAGAUGAAUGGAUAAAGAAGCUGUGGUCUAUGUAUACAAUGGAAUAUUACUCAGCCAUUAGAAAUGACAAAUACCCACCAUUUGCU